AUGAAAGUGCCGUGCUGCUCCGUCUGCCAGACGCGCUACGACGAGGAAGAAAGAGUCCCGCUUUUGCUUCAGUGCGGCCAUGGCUUCUGCAAGGACUGCUUGUCUCGGAUGUUCUCUUCUUGUACCGAUACCACCCUCGUCUGCCCCAGGUGCCGCCACGUGUCCGUCGUCGGCAACUCCGUUCAGGCCCUCCGCAAGAACUUCGCCGUGCUCGCUCUGAUUCACUCGAGUUCCAAUGCCGUCUCGUCUGCCUCCGCCGCCAAUUUCGAUUGCGACUACACGGACGAUGAGGAUGGGGAUGAUGAUGAGGAGGACGAUGGGGACCGGCGAUGUAGCCGUGGGUCCCACACCUCAAGCUCGGGCGGGUGCGGGCCGGUGAUGGAGCUGGCAGUGCACCAAGACUUGAGAUUGGUGCGGCGGAUAGGGGAGGGGAGGCAGGCCGGGGUCCAAAUGUGGACUGCAGUGAUUGGCGGCGGAGGCGGGCGGUGCCGCCACAAGGUAGCGGUGAAGAAGGUGGCAGUAGCGGAGGAGACGAGUAUGGAUUGGGUGAUGGGGCAGCUGGAGAAUUUGCGGCGGGCAUCGAUGUGGUGUAGGAAUGUGUGCACAUUUCAUGGGGCUAUGAAGAGUGAAGGCACUUUGUGUCUUGUUAUGGAUAGGUGUUAUGGGUCUGUUCAGUCCGAGAUGCAGCGCAAUGAGGGCAGGCUUACUUUGGAGCAAAUCCUAAGAUAUGGGGCUGAUAUUGCACGAGGAGUGGCUGAACUCCAUGCGGCAGGUGUUGUUUGUAUGAAUCUGAAACCGUCCAAUCUUCUUUUGGAUUCAAGUGGUCACGCGGUGGUUUCUGAUUACGGAGUUGCUGCAAUUCUGAAGAAACCUUCCUGCCGGAAAGCUCGACUGGAGUGUGAUACUUCAAGGAUCCAUUCUUGUAUGGAAUGUACGAUGCUCAGCCCCCACUAUGCAGCCCCAGAGGCAUGGGAGCCGGUGAAGAAAUUAUUGAAUCCGUUUUGGGAGGAUGCUAUUGGUAUUUCUGCAGAGUCAGAUGCAUGGAGUUUUGGUUGUACAUUGGUAGAAAUGUGCACUGGUUCCAUUCCAUGGGCUGGUUUAAGCACAGAGGAAAUUUAUCGGGCUGUAAUCAAGGCUCGGAAACUGCCUCCACAAUAUGCAAGUGUAGUAGGUGUUGGAAUACCUAGGGAAUUGUGGAAAAUGAUUGGCGAGUGCCUGCAGUUCAAGGCAUCCAAAAGACCGUCUUUUAGUUCAAUGUUAGCAACAUUUCUCCGUCAUUUGCAGGAGAUACCACGGAGCCCUCCUGCAAGUCCUGAUAAUGGUUUAGCUAAAUGCUCUGGAUCAAAUGUGACGGAACCGUCUCCUGCAUCCCAUUCAGAAGUUUUUCAGGCUAACCCCACCCUUCUGCAUAGACUUGUGUCCGAAGGGGAUGUACACGGUGUUAGAGAUCUGCUUGAAAAGGCUGCAGCAGAAAGUGAUAACAGCGCAGUAUUACGUGGUAGUGCAGAACUUGUUGAUGCCAUUUUGGAGCAUCGAGAGGCGAAUGUGGAUGUCUUGGACAAAGAUGGGGAUCCUCCACUUGUUUUUGCUUUAGUUGCUGGAUCCCCAGAAUGCGUUCGUGCUCUCAUUAACAGAGGCGCUAAUGUGAGAUCUAGGUUGCGGGAAGGCUUUGGCCCGUCUGUUGCUCAUGUCUGUGCCUAUCAUGGCCAGCCUGAUUGUAUGCAUGAGUUACUAAUGGCUGGGGCAGAUCCUAAUGCAGUGGAUGAGGAAGGUGAAUCUGUGCUACAUAGAGCUGUUGCCAAGAAAUAUACAGAUUGUGCACUUGUCGUUUUGGAAAAUGGGGGCUCUAGGUCAAUGUCCGUUUUAAAUUCAGAAAAAUAUACACCAUUGCACUUGUGUGUGGCAACAUGGAAUGUUGCUGUUGUUAGAAGGUGGGUGGAAGUUGCAACACCAGAAGAGAUUGCUGAUGCAAUUGAUAUACCAAGUUCAGUUGGCACCGCGUUGUGUAUGGCAGCUGCUCUAAAGAAAGAUCAUGAAAUUGAAGGAAGAGAAAUGGUGCAUAUUUUGCUUGCUUCUGGAGCAGAUCCAACUGCUCAAGAUGCCCAGCAUGGACGGACAGCUUUGCAUACAGCUUCAAUGGCCAAUGACGUUGAGUUGGUCAAGAUUAUACUUGAUGCUGGAGUUGAUGUGAACAUUCGGAAUGUACAAAAUACAAUUCCUCUUCAUGUAGCAUUGGCCAGAGGGGCGAAGUCGUGUGUCGGACUGCUUCUAUCUUCUGGAGCAAAUUAUAAUUUACAGGAUGAUGAAGGUGACAAUGCUUUCCAUAUAGCAGCAGAUGCAGCAAAAAUGAUACGUGAAAAUCUUGAAUGGCUUAUUGUUAUGCUUAGAAAUCCUGAUGCUUCUGUUGAAGCCAGAAAUCACAGCGGCAAGACAUUACGUGACUUUUUGGAGGCCCUUCCCCGGGAAUGGAUAUCUGAAGAUCUGAUGGAGGCACUUGUAAAUCGGGGGGGUUUUUCUGUCUCCUACAAUGUGAGAAGAGAUGAUAUCAUUGUAUUUGAUGUGGGAGACUGGGUGAAAUUUAAAAGAAGCAUAACAACUCCUACGUAUGGCUGGCAAGGUGCAAAACAUAGAAGUGUUGGGUUUGUGCAAGGUGCCCCGGAUAAGGACCAUUUGUUAGUAUCAUUUUGUUCCGGAGAGGUUCGUGUUUUGGCAAAUGAAGUUGUAAAAGUUAUUCCUUUAGACAGGGGACAGCAUGUCCAGCUGAAACCAGAUGUCAAAGAGCCCAGGUUUGGGUGGCGUGGGCAGUCACGUGAUAGCAUUGGUACUGUAUUGUGUGUUGAUGAUGAUGGUAUCCUACGCGUUGGGUUUCCUGGAGCCUCCAGAGGAUGGAAAGCUGAUCCUGCGGAGAUGGAAAGAGUUGAAGAAUUCAAGGUUGGGGACUGGGUUCGUAUUCGUCCUACUCUUACAACAGCAAAGCAUGGACUGGGAUCUGUUACACCUGGGAGCAUUGGUAUUGUGUAUUGUAUAAGACCUGAUAGUAGUCUAUUGCUAGAACUGAGCUAUCUUCCAAGUCCAUGGCAUUGUGAACCAGAGGAGGUUGAACCUGUAAUCCCAUUCAGGAUUGGUGACAGGGUAUGUGUGAAGCGAUCUGUUGCAGAACCUAGGUAUGCAUGGGGUGGUGAGACACACCAUAGUGUUGGAAGAAUAAGUGAGAUAGAAAAUGAUGGCCUCCUGGUAAUUGAAAUUCCUAAUCGACCAAUACCAUGGCAGGCCGAUCCUUCUGACAUGGAGAAGGUGGAAGACUUCAAGGUAGGGGAUUGGGUUAGAGUUAAAGCUUCAGUGCCCUCUCCCAAAUACGGAUGGGAGGAUAUUACAAGGAACAGUGUUGGGAUAAUUCAUAGCUUGGAGGAAGAUGGUGAUAUGGGUGUCGCCUUUUGCUUCAGGAGCAAGCCUUUUUCUUGUUCUGUCACAGAUGUGGAGAAGGUGCCCCCUUUUGAAUUAGGGCAAGAGAUUCAUGUGAUGUCAUCUAUUACUCAGCCACGACUUGGAUGGUCAAAUGAAAGUGCAGCAACUGUUGGAAAAAUAGUUAGAAUUGACAUGGAUGGAGCUUUGAAUGUAAAAGUGCCUGGUCGACAGAGCUUGUGGAAAGUUUCUCCUGGAGAUGCGGAACGACUCUCUGGAUUUGAAGUUGGUGACUGGGUACGUUCUAAACCAAGCCUGGGAACUCGACCAAGUUAUGAUUGGAACAGCAUUGGAAAGGAAAGUUUAGCUGUUGUGCAUAGUGUACAAGAUACAGGUUAUCUGGAGUUAGCUUGUUGUUUUCGUAAAGGCAGGUGGAUAACUCAUUACACGGAUGUUGAAAAGGUUCCAUGCUUAAAAAUAGGGCAGUAUGUUCGGUUCCGGACUGGACUAGUUGAACCAAGAUGGGGCUGGAGAGGGGCUCAACCUGAUUCUCGAGGCAUCAUAACUAGCGUUCAUGCUGAUGGGGAAGUCAGAGUGGCUUUCUCUGGUUUGCCAGGGUUGUGGAGAGGAGAUCCUGCGGAUCUUGAAAUAGAGCAGAUUUUUGAAGUUGGAGAGUGGGUGAAAUUAAAAGAUCAUGCAAGUAUUUGGAAAUCCAUUGGGCCGGGCAGUGUCGGAGUGGUGCAAGGAUUGGGAUAUGAUGGCGAUAAAUGGGAUGGAACCACUUUUGUUGGAUUUUGCGGGGAGCAAGAAAAAUGGGUUGGGCCUACCUCUGAUCUUGCUAUGGUGAACAGGCUCAUGGUUGGCCAGAAGGUUAGGGUUAAACUAUCUGUCAAGCAGCCAAGAUUUGGGUGGUCAGGCCACAGCCAUGCAAGUCUUGGAACUAUAUCCACAAUUGAUGCUGAUGGCAAGCUGAGAAUAUACACCCCAGCUGGUUCAAAAGCUUGGAUGUUGGAUCCAUCGGAAGUGGAGCUUGUGGAGGAAGAGGAGCUUCACAUUGGAGAUUGGGUUAGGGUUAAAGCAUCUGUUUCAACUCCAACCCACCAGUGGGGAGAGGUGAGUCGUUCUAGCAUUGGGGUGGUGCACCGCAUGGAAAAUGAGGAGCUCUGGGUGGCAUUUUGCUUCACAGAAAGGUUGUGGCUUUGCAAGGCAUCGGAAAUAGAACGGGUUAGGCCAUUUAAAGUGGGGGACAAAGUGAGGAUUAGAGAAGGGCUGGUGAGCCCACGGUGGGGUUGGGGAAUGGAGACUCAUGCAAGCAAAGGACAGGUAGUCGGGGUGGAUGCAAAUGGGAAGUUAAGAAUUAAAUUCCGGUGGAGAGAAGGGAGGCCAUGGAUCGGAGAUCCUGCUGAUGUUGCUCUUGAUAAAAGCACGUAA